CGCAUACAUCCUCAAGCGGCUAUCCUCCCCUCCUCCCUCCUGUCACAUCUGGAUCUGGCUUCUCUCAUCAGCACCACUCAGCGCAGUGGAAGAGAGACAGGGAGGGAGAGAGAGAGAGAGAGAGAGAGGGAGGGAAACGACCGGAGAGGCGGAUGCUAGCUUGGUCUGUGCAGCCUUAUCCACAACCUGGCAGAAUCAAGAAGAGGAGGGCGGAAGGACAUCUCACCUUCUCAUCCGCAUACACGGAUAUUUGGCAUACCCUCCUUCCUCCAUCCAUCCCUCAGCCCAGCUUCUUUUUUUUCUUCUCCCUCUCUCUUCCCUUCUCUACUCUUGAGUAUGAUGAGCUCCAGCCUGCUGGAAAACCCGGUGCAGGCGAUUUUGUACCUGCGGGAGCUCACCACCAUUGUCCAGAACCAGCAGAGUCUUAUCCAGACACAGCGCUCCCGGAUAGAGGAGCUAGACCGGCGGGUGGACGAGCUCAUCGGCGAGAACAGGCACCUGCGGGACGUCAGGAUACAGCAGCAGCAUCCUUACCAUCACCUCCAUCACCAUCACCACCACCCAGACCCCAGCUGUCUUCCUCAUCAUCAACCUCCUCCUCAGGACCCCCAGCUGAAGACUAGUGCCGGGUCUCCAUCGGACCAUGCAGCUGCACCAGGUCCAGCACAGGUCGAGGUGGCUCCGAGUGUCCUGCCAUCGCCUCCUCAACCUAUGGACCCGGGAGAUAUGCAGCUUGUCCCGGCCGACCCGUCCGCUGUUUCCCCAGAUGAAAGUGACCCAGAAAACGGACGAAGUUCUCCCAGCUGCCGUUCUUUGGUUCCGUUGACCCCUACAACAACCCUCUGUCGAUCUUUGGCCCUCGCUAGGAAAUCAGAGAGUGAGACAAUUCUGCAUCAGUUCUGCUGCCCCGCCCCUGAACAUCCAGAGGUGGACACCACUGGCUCGUCUGGCGGACAGAUGCUGAGCCUGGAGGAUGGAACAUCCUCUGGCGGCGGACAUGAAGUGGAGGGGACCAAGAGAGAGGGGCCCAGCGAGUAUGAAAUCAGCCUGGAGAAUAAAAACAAACAGAUAGAGGAGCUGGAACAGAAGUAUGGAGGCCAUCUCAUAGCGCGGAGGGCAGCCCGUCGUAUCCAGACAGCCUUCCGACAGUACCAGCUCAGCAAAAACUUCCAAAAGAUUCGUAACUCUCUAUCGGAGAGCAAACUGCCCCGCAGGAUCUCUCUGCGUCACCCCAGCCCUUCCGGACGAAACAGGAAUGCAGCCCAGAGACACAGUUAUUCCCUGCAUCCAGGAACUGGACAGAUACCUUUACGCUCCAAAACUCCUCCACCGCCCCCCUGUCGCUCCACCUCUCUGCCUCCCUCUCCUGCUUCUGCCCCCACAGCUGCUCCCUCUCUUGCCCCUGGCCCAGUUCCACCUCAAACUCCUUCACAAACUCUCACACAGCUUGAAGACUGCUUCUCUGAACAGCUUCACUCCUUGGCUGCAUCAAUUGAUGAUGCUCUACGUGGUUGGAGUUUAUCUGAGAGUGGAGAGGGUAAGGGGCUACUGAUGGAUCCUGGGGCUCUACGUGCAGCUGCUGAGAGCGCCUGUCUGCCCCGAAGCGCCAGCUCGCUGCUCAUGGCCUUCAGGGACGUCACUGUUCACAUCGACAGCAAUAGCUCUUACACUAUCUCCUCCGCAACCACCACAACAACCACCACCUCUCUAGGCAACACAGGCGGGGGACAGCCCGGCAGCAGGAAGACUUCUGUCAGCGGGAUGGUCGGAGGAGACGGACUGUUAUCGGAGGAGCUAGAGUUUCCUGCACCUCCACCAAGUGAGGAACUGGAAAUGGCUGAUCCAGGAUCCAGGAGGGGUUCGGCGGUGCCAGCUCCAGGAGGAUUAGGGGGAUUCGAGGGGGACUUUGGCUCAGACAGGCUGGGCUCUACCUCCACGUCUACCUCUACCUCCACGUCUGUUUCCACCUCAGUCCAGUCUAACCAGCAGCCUGCUCAGAUUUACACUCAGUACCAGCAGUAUCACUACACUCAUCCUCAGCAGAUCCCUGGGGGGCCUAGCCCUGAGGCCCUACAGGCACUGGUCGUGUCUCUGCCAAGGGACCGCUGCCAGGAUCCAGCCUCAUGUAGAUCUCCAACCCUGUCCACGGAUACACACCGCAAACGCCUGUACCGUAUAGGACUCAACCUCUUCAAUGUGAACCCAGAGAGAGGCAUCCACUUUCUGAUCACGCGUGGCUUCGUCCCGGACACGGCAAUCGGAGUGGCUCACUUCCUGUUGCAGAGGAAGGGUCUGAGCAGACAGAUGAUUGGAGAGUUUUUGGGAAACAGCAAGUUACAAUUUAACAGAGAUGUCCUGGACUGCGUUGUGGACGAGAUGGAUUUCUCAGGCAUGGAGCUGGACGAAGCCCUGAGAAAGUUCCAGGCUCAUGUUCGUGUUCAGGGGGAAGCACAGAAAGUGGAGAGACUCAUCGAAGCCUUUAGCCAGAGGUACUGUAUGUGUAAUCCUGAUGUGGUGCAACAGUUCCACAACCCAGACACCAUCUUCAUCCUGGCCUUCGCUGUGGUCCUCCUCAACACAGACAUGUACUCACCCAACAUCAAACCACAGCGUAAAAUGGGGCUCGAUGAUUUCAUACGCAACUUAAGAGGUGUGGAUGAUGGAGCAGACAUCCCCAGAGAGAUGGUUGCAGGCAUUUAUGAAAGAAUCCAACAAAGAGAGCUCCGAUCCAAUGAAGACCAUGUGACCUACGUGAGCCGUGUGGAGCAGUCCAUCUUGGGUCUGAAAACUAUACUUGCCGUGCCGCAUAGACGGCUGGUGUGCUGCUGUCGUCUCUUUGAGGUGCCUGAUGCCAACAAGCCUCACAAACAGAAACUAUCCCAGCUACAGAGAGAGGUCUUCCUCUUCAAUGACCUGCUGCUUGUCCUGAAGCUAUGUCCCAAGAAGAAAAGCUCAGCCUCAUACACCUUCUGUAAAGCUAUGGGUCUUCUGGGAAUGCAGUUUCACCUCUUCAGCAAUGAGUACUACGCCCAUGGCAUCACCAUGCUGAGCCCGUUUACCUCAGAGAAGAAGCAGUUGGUGAGCUUCUGCUCCCCAAGCGGAGAGGAGCUCAGGAAGUUUGCAGAGGAGCUCAGAGAGGCCAUCACGGAGGUUAACGAGAUGGAGCAGAUACACAUACAGUGGGAAUUAGAGAGGCAGCAAGGCAUUCAGCACGGCAUACAUACUAAUGGUGGACAAUUGGACGCACACACAGGCUCACCCUCAGGCCAACAGGAUCCAUAUGAUAAAACUGGAAACAACAACACAGUUGAGGUGUCAAUUCACAACAGGCUGCAGACCUAUCAACUGAGCCAGCCCAGCAUUGAGUCUACACCUCUGGCCCUGGCUGCUCCACCUGCCCUCCUCAGCCCGGUCCAAGCCGGAGAGCUCCGUCCAGAAACACUGAUCCAAUGCCAGCAGAUUGUCAAGGUGAUUGUGGUGGACCAAAGCGGGCGAGGGCGGAUGGAGGCCUUCCUCAGUCAAGGCCCUGCCGCCCAUCAGCUCAUCCAGUCCGCCCUGUCCACACCUGUGCGCGUCAGAGAGGGGGACGGCCCUCAACCCCCUUUGCCACCUCCCCCUCCACCUUACAACCACCCUCACCAGUUCUGCCCACCUGACUCACCCAUGCCCCUCCACCACACCAUGCCUCUCGUCCGCAGGCGCAACUCCAGCGGCUCCCGAAGCAUCGUCUGAGUUGAAGUUUGCUCUGUGAACCCAGAGGGCCAGAUGCAGCCCUCACAUUCACUCCAAACACAGACAUGCUGUAGCACGAGUGGACUCACUCUGAAUUUCAGAUAAAAGAAAAGGAGUCAUGAAUAUACUGUAUGCAUCACACAAAGGGACCAGGGAAAAGAAAAAUAACAGGAAUCUACUCAUAGUCCUGACUGAAUGGUGGCUUCUGAACAUGGAGUGGUUUCUGAAAGACAACUUUUCUUCUUUCUUUUGUCUCCCAACAUUUCAACCAGUAGCUGAUUGUGUUGUCUUUUUAGAUUUCACACUCUUUACGAGAUGUGGUGACUUUACAUUUUUAAAUGUCACUUGUCCUCCAAUCAUGUCUCUGAGCUCUGACUGAAACAACGGAUGCUGGCAGCCCUGAAAGGACAAAGGAUUGCUUUGAAUAUGACUGAAAAUAUAAUUUCUUUUCUUGGGUUUGGUUUUUAUUACAAGUGGGAAACAA